AUGGACAAUGCCCCCCAUCCCCUCGCACCCCAGGGCCGUCCCGCCCUCCCCCGCCUGCAGACACACCCCGCACACAGCCCCGCCAGCCCUCCCCCGCACCGCCCGACCACCCGGCCGACUCAAAGACUCGGCGGCAGCAGCGAGGCCGAGCUUCUCGGCGUCCAUUCUCGCCAGAGCCAGCCACGCCGCCAUGGCGCAUGCUCUGCAAAGCUGGCCUCCCCGUCCCAAGCAUCACACUCGUCCUUCUUCGAUGACCAUGACGACCAUCAGACACCCCGCUCGUAUCGUCCUUCUCUGCGCCAGACGGAAUCAACUGCCUUGAAAGGACUCGACGGGUAUCUUGACAGUCUGGAUAGGAACGAGCUUGCUGUCGUGGAAACUCGUUUCGACCUCAUGACGGAUGAAGAGAUUCGUCUCUAUCUACAGAACCAAGAGGACGCGCCUGACGAAUCUGAACCCCCGGUGGAUGUCUCCGAUUCCGCCCCCGAAUUCGGGCAGUUACCUUCACAAGAGAAGCCCGACCUUUUUGGAGCCCAAUCUCCCCUUUUCCCCCCGUCUCCUCCUCCUGUGCGGGCCAGGGCUCUGGCCCAUGACCACCCGCUGCGGAUAUUAAGCAGGGUGGUCAAGGAAUUGAAAGAAGUCAUUGACCGUCUAGAGGAUGAGAAUGACUCGCUGCGUGAAGCUCAAAGUCGAAGGAGAUCAUCGAGUAGCAAAGCUGCCGACCAAAUAUCCAUCCAUGACAAUCUGAACGAAGCCAUUGCUACUUCCCUCACGUCUACGUCCUCCUUGCGACAUAUUCCGGAGCAGUCUAUAAGUAACACCAAGUCCCUUCCUUCAACCAUAGCCCCAUCUCCUUCCACCUCGAGCCGUAGACGGCCUCUCUCACCGGCCUCUGGUUUAUCUGUCCCAGCCCCAUCGGCCUCUUCUGAUGGACUAGAAGAAGAAGACAAAGACAUCAGCGGGACGACCUCUAGGGAAAAUCAGAAAUCCUGGACCUCGGGUCUAUGGGUCUGGAGUAACAAAAAGUCAAUCAAGUCCAGAAAGGGGAGCAUCAGUUCAUUCGCAUCGAGUUACCCUACCUCGUCCGAUUUCGGGGCACCCGCCCAGGCAAAUGCUGCAGCUGGUAACAACGACGACGAUGAGAUUUGGCGCAAAGGGGAUGGGAAUAACACUCCAUCGUUCACAGCGAUCUUCUUGGCCACAAGAAUAUUGACUCCCGACCCUUCAUCCAUCUUGGUGUCAACCAAGAUUCCGGCCAACUCUCUCGUCGCUUAUCUGGCUCACUCGCUCGUCAAUACAGCCCGUGACGAGGGUAUUGCGAUUAAGGAACCAGUCGGUCGAAGAAGAUCUAGAGACGCUUCCCGUAGUCAAACAAUUUCCACGGCCAGUCAUGUCCCUGUUCCCGUGAACGGUACCGAUCCAACCGGGGAUGGCAGACAAAAUGGUGACGGUGCUCUUGCUGUGACCGCUUCUCUUGGUAGAUCGCUCUUGUCGUCGGUUGCGGGCGCCACGAUGCGUGGUUCAAAGAAUAUGGUGGGAUCUGGAAGCGAUGAGCCUCGACCCUCGCUACGCAGCAGGGGGUCUUCUUCGCGUGGACACCCUUCAGCAGUAGCUUCUCCUGCUGUUGUCCAGCAUGCGACCAUGGAUUCGCCUCCAUCUGCGGAGACCCCCCUACCAUCUGUUGAAUUGUCUUCUAUCGUCCCAGAUGAGAGCCGCCCACCGACCGUGCUAUUGUCGCGGGAAAAUAUCGGGUCAUUCUUCCAAGCCAACAAGAUGGCAAAGCAAAAGAUUGCGACAGCGAGCAGAUUCAAGUCAGAAGAACCUCCCCUCACGGAUCGAUAUGGUUUCAUAUACGACAUUCAACAUGCAAAGAUGUUGAAAGAAGCGUCAGCUGCGGGCGCGCCCGCGCCUAUGUCCCUAAACGGUACGAUACCCAAAGCCGAUCAAGAAGAAGAAGGGUGGAUUGCCAAGCAACGAAGAGGAUCUCAUGGAAGCCACAAGUCUGCCAGAAGCAUUCUCAGUCAUGAGGAGGGCCAUUCCAGCCAGCUAGCUUCCCCUCGCCCUUCUGCACACUCUACAUUACCCGGUGUACAAUCAUCGACUCCAGAUAGAUCGACCCCGGCCGACUCGCGCUCUCGGUCAUCCACCCUUGCAAACCAUAGUCGGCAUCGAUCGGGUACCCUCAAUUUGAACCCUUCGCCCGCCCGGCCCGUGACUGGUAAAGAUCAACUGACCGUUUCUGCCAGAGGCUCUUCCAGUCUUCGCUCGAACGUGUCGCCCGUCGCUCCAUCCUCCGCUGGUGCACCUCCUCUAUCAGCCAGUCUUUCCCAGCCUAUUGGCAAUGAUGAAUUGGCGUCUGCCAGUGCGAGCCGCGUGACCGUUUCAAGUCUUCUUGAUCGUUUGACAGAACUCCACGAUCGACAGCAGAAGGAGCGUGUCGCAGAAUGGGAUGCUUUCCUGAAGAAACGAAACAAGCGUAGAACUGGCGACAAGGACCAGCGAUGGACGGCUGGGCUUAAUGGUGUCGGUCAAAUGGGACUGAGCAAUCAGGGCCAAGAGGACUUUAGAAGCUUCGCCAGAUUGGUCAGGAAGGGUCUGCCUCUCAAGUAUCGAGGGGACAUUUGGGCUGGCAAGUUGGUCGCUUUCUCCACCGCCCAUGUCGCUAAUUUGACUGCAGAGUGCUCUGGAGCCAAGGACUUGAUGGUACCGGGAGAAUACUCUGAAAUCCUCACGGUACACAAGGACUUUGAGAGUCCAGUGUUGGCGGACAUUGAGAAGGACGUGUCUAGAACUUUCCCUGGUAACGUAUUUUUCGGCGGAGAUGGGCCCGGGGUGGGGAAGCUGAGAAGGGUGCUGGUCGCAUACUCGUGGUACAAUUCGGCCGUUGGAUAUUGCCAAGGGAUGAAUAUGCUCGCCGCCACCCUACUGUUGACUCUCACUGACGAGGAACAAGCUUUCUGGGCUCUUGUCUGCAUGAUCGACAAAGCGCUUCCCUCAAACUACUUUUCUUCCUCCUUGAUUGGGUCUCGAGCGGACCAACUUGUUCUAUCACAAAUUGUCGCCCAAAUCCUGCCCAAGAUUCAUAAUCAUUUUCAACAACUUGGAGUGGAUCUGGCAAGCAUUACCUUUGGUUGGUUCUUGAGCCUGUUCACCGAUUGUCUACCUGUAGAGACAUUGUUUCGCGUUUGGGAUAUCUUCUUUGUUGAAGGGCACGACAGCAUCUUCCGGGUAGCUGUUGCCAUCCUGAAACUUAACGAGGUUGAGAUUUGCGCUUGUGAAAGCGUCGGGGACCUGUUCACUAUCAUAUCUUCCAUGACAUCAAGGUUGUGGGCAGCGGACAAGCUUAUUGCUUUACAAAACAGCUACAAAACAGUUAUCAAACAUGUUGACCUUGUGGCCAGGUGCGAAAAGGCGGUAGAGGCGCUUGAGAACGGCGAGGUUUAG